ACAAUAACUAAAACCUAUUACACCAAAGCCAUCCUCUUUUGGACGGACUAGCUAAUUGGCAGAGUUGAUCGGCUAUGGCUUCCAGGUUACCCCUUCUCAGAAGAAUCUCUAAAUUUCUCAAACAUCCGCCUUCCAUACCUGUCCGCUUAUCACGUGACUCACGUUCUCUUCUUCUUCGACAAGCUUCAAGACCUAACGACACUCCUUGGUCCUUCGCCGCUUCUAGAAGCUUCUGCUCUCGCCCUCUCAACGUCCCCCAGGAUUUUCAGGGACCCGCCACCAUCGACUACCGCUCGGUUCUGCAGGAGGAUGAAUUUCAUAGAUUAGCUAAUUCCACAAUCCAUGACCUUCAAGAAAAAUUGGAGGAAUAUGGUGAUAUUGUUCAAAUCGAUGGUUUCGAUGUGGACUAUGGUAAUGAAGUAUUGACACUAAAACUUGGGGCUUUGGGCACCUAUGUGUUGAAUAAACAGACCCCUAAUCGACAAAUUUGGUUAUCUUCUCCAGUAAGUGGUCCAUCCAGAUUUGAUUGGGAUCAUAAUGCUCAAGCUUGGGUUUAUCGACGAACUAAAGCAAAUUUAUUCAAACUUUUGGAAAGUGAGUUGGAGCAACUGUGUGGUGAACCAGUCAAUCUUUCAUAAACUGUUGUGGAUCAAAUGAUGUUUGCAUAAUUUCGAUCUUGAUCUUUGGAAGUUUAUUUCACCAAUAAAGGAGGUUGACUUGAGUAUCUUCUGCAAUCUUUCUAAAUUCUUUAACUCCUUUGGAUGUAAUUUUACGAUGUGUCCAUUUAGAAUUGAUCCCAGAUAAAUUGUGGUUCAAAUGCCUGUGUAGGACCGUCAGUUUCAUUUUGACCUAAGCUUCUCCCUUGUGUUGUGGGACAUGUGCUGUCGGGGCUGAACCUCGAUGACUGGUAUAGAGACACCAUAAUUUUGGUUCUACUUGCUACUCUGUUUACACAUACCUCUGAAGAAAACAGCGAAUAAGAGAUGCAAAGUAAACAACGUUCAUGUCUGUUUUUUUUU